AUGGAAAAAAUCGCGAGGGAAAAUAUUACUCCAGAUCAACGGAGGGAGUUGGUAGAUUUUAUCAAACUUCAUCCUCAACUUAAUUCGGGAAAAUUCACCAACGAAUUCACUUUCAAGAAAGCCCAAGAAUUAUGGCAGAGUUUGGCGAAUACUUUGAAUGCAUUUCCAGCAGGUGCCCAUAAGGAUUGGAAGAAAUGGCGUAAAACUUGGCAUGAUAUCAAAACAAGAACAAAAUCCAAAAGUAGCAUGAUCAAGCAACAUCGCAAAAGAACAGGUGGAGGACCACCAACAGAUAUAAAUAUUAUUACACAAGAAGAAGAAGUACUUGGAAUAAUGGGUCAAGUAAUAGUUGAUGGUCAUCCUGGGAUAUCAGAAUCUUUGGUUGAAUUUGAUGUAUUGACCAUGUUACCUGAUCAAACUAGCAUAGACCAUGAUUAUGCCUUUGGAGUGUCCCAAAAAGAGGAUAGUGAAAUUCAUGUGAAAGAAAAUCCAAAUAUUGCUGAUGAAAAUGAUCCUCCUCUGGAAGUACCACCAGUUUAUAAACAGCAAAGUAGUGGAAAAACAAAGAGGCCCAGGAGAAUACAAAGACUGGAACAAACCAUAUCUGCCACAUCCCAACUGGCAGCCCAAACGGAAAGGGAUAUCUCAUUGAGAGAACAUUAUUAUAAAAGAAAAAAUGAACUUUAUGAGCAGGACAUAACAGCAAAAUUAAGAAUUGCUUCUGCAUUGGAAAGAAUUGCCAAGUGUAAAGAGGACAUGUCAAAAACACAAUUAUCCUUGCCUGAUUCCCCAUGUUAUGAUACCUAG